CCGUUCAUUUCAUAAUCCCCAGAAUUCAUCGAAUAUUCCCGUUUCAGGAAAUUUUCAAUCUAUGGCGCCCGACUCUAAGUCGAUUGACGGAAUCGCAGUCGACAACACUCUCCAAGCUAUCUGCUACAAACGUGGUUCCCUUCAGUUGCUUGAUCAGAGAAAACUUCCUUUGGAAACCGUGUACUUAGAUAUUCAAGGUUCGAUUGAUGGAUGGAACGCAAUCCGAGAUAUGGUGGUUCGAGGGGCACCUGCUAUUGCCAUAGCGGCUGCCCUUUCACUGGCGGUUGAAGUUGCCAACUUAAAGGACUUUAAUGGGACAUCUAAGGAUGCUGCGUCUUUCCUUGAAACCAAAUUAGAAUAUCUUGUCUCAAGCCGACCUACGGCGGUGAAUCUUUCCGAUGCUGCUAUAAAGCUUAAAGAAACUAUAUCAAAGGCUACUUCUACCGCAACAGUGCCUGAGAGUGUUUUCCUGGCUUACAUAGAAGCUGCUGAGAUUAUGCUUCUUGACGAUGUUGCUACAAACAAAGCAAUUGGGACUCAUGGCGCGAGUUUUCUCCGGCAGCAACGAAAUAAUUCGAAGGGAUUUUCAGUUUUGACCCACUGCAACACUGGAAGUCUUGCCACAGCUGGAUAUGGUACUGCUCUAGGUGUAAUCCGCGCACUUCAUGCUGAAGGAGUGUUAGAAAGGGCAUAUUGUACCGAAACUCGGCCCUUCAACCAGGGAUCCAGACUCACGGCUUUCGAGCUGGUGCAUGAAAAGAUACCUGCUACACUAAUAGCAGACUCCGCUGCAGCUGCUUUAAUGAAAGAGGGUCGUGUCAGUGCGGUUAUUGUUGGAGCGGACCGUGUGGCUGCAAAUGGCGACACUGCUAACAAGAUUGGAACAUAUAGCCUUGCUUUAUGUGCAAUGUAUCAUGGUAUUCCAUUUUACGUUGCGGCACCGGUUACUUCCAUUGAUUUGUCGCUUCCUUCUGGGAAUGAAAUCGUUAUCGAGGAAAGAUCGGCAAAGGAGUUAUUGCACUCAAGGGGAGGACUGGGUGAGCAAGUGGCUGCUUCCGGGAUCUCAGUCUGGAACCCGGCUUUCGAUGUCACCCCCGCCAAUCUAAUAGCCGGUAUCAUAACGGAAAAGGGUGUGAUUACAAAGAAUGAAAUGAAGGAUGGUUUUGACAUCAAGGGUUUCAUAGAGAAUGCGACGGGCAAAUCUACGGUGUGAAGUUGCAUCUUUAGCUAUACUGUUCAACACUUGAAUAAAAUGUUAGUUUUCCCAACAUAUUUGAAGGUUGUAUUUUAAUGUUGUGGGGUUUAAAUUGACACCCUUCAAAUGGAUAAUGUAACCUCAAAUAUCAGCUUGGGA